AUGGGUUCCAACCAGCUGGCCGGUUCACUCUAUGUCUCUCAUCUACUGUCAAUGUGGAAUGCUCGAGGCUUCGAAUUUGGUGCGGUUCUCUUCCUGGCGACCGUCUAUCCUGGGACACUUCUCCCCAUGUCGAUAUAUGCACUGGUCCGUGCUCUAGCAGCCAUAUCACUCUCCCCAACCGUAGGAAAAUUUAUCGAUUCCAACAACCGCUUAAGCACCAUCCGCAUUUCCAUUCUUGGCCAAAGAGCCAGUGUGGCUGCUUCGUGUGCCGUAUUUGCUCUCUUAUACCAGGCAAAGGAGGCACUUUCAAGACAUGUGCAGACAUUGCUGCUUGUCGUGCUGAUUGUGUUUGCAUGUGUGGAGAAAUUAUGCUCGAUAAUGAACACUGUCGCAGUGGAAAGAGACUGGGUGGUUGUCAUCGCUGGAGACGACGACUUGAUGCUUCGACGGCUCAAUGCGCAGAUGAGGCGCAUCGACCUCUUUUGCAAGCUCGUCUCGCCGCUGUCAAUAGCCUUGCUGCAUGGAUGGUCGCCCAGGGUCGCGGUAUGGUCGACUCUCGUCACGAAUGCACUGUCAGUCAGUAUCGAAUAUUUCCUCAUUGCAAGGGUCUUCCAUCAAGUUCCUGCUCUCGCUGAUCGGGAUGAUUCUUCGCAAAUCGGUGGACAAGACCACGGAGAAGUCGAUCAGUCCUCGAGAGAAAGCCAGCCAGAGUCUCGAUCGAGGUUUGCACGAUGUGGCGGCUUCAUCAUUGAGUCGGCCAGAAUUUACGUCCGGCAGACAGCAUUCCUACCUUCACUGGCAUUGUCCGUCCUGUACCUGACAGUCCUGUCCUUUUCUGGUCAGAUGACAACCUAUCUUCUUGCUCUUCCGUCUCCAAAGAUUACCUCGACCACAGUAGGACUUCUCAGGACAGCCUCGGCCAUUUCAGAAAUCUCUUCGACUUUCCUAGCACCCAGAGUCAUGUCCAGGAUCGGCCCAGUGCGAGCAGGCAUCUGGUUUUUGUCCUGGCAGAUACUGUGGCUGACCUCCGCCGUUGGGGUCCUUUGGAUCGGGUUCUCGGGAUCAGCCUACACUGUCACGGCAAUAUUCGUCGCUGGAGUAAUCAUGUCAAGAAUUGGCCUCUGGUCUUUUGACCUCUGCGCCCAAUUGAUCAUUCAAGAAUCCAUCACCGCGUCUCAUCGGGGCUCGUUCUCAUCGGUCGAGAUGUCGGUGCAGAAUUUCUUCGAACUCUGUACCUUUGCAACCACCAUCGUAUUCCCAAAACCUGCUCAAUUUCGAUACCCUGCCAUCAUCUCGUUAGUGGCAGUUUAUCUUUCUGCUGCAUUGUACGCCAAGUUUGUUCGCGAUCGCCGUGGACAUCUUCUGCACAUGCCGACAUGCCUCAAGAUCAGCCGGGAUCGAGACGGAUACCGAUAUCAAUCCCUGUCGGCUGAAGAACAGUGA